UCCUGCCGCAAGGAUGCAUGUGUGCGCACAGCGAUUGCAUUUAAUGCUUACUACUAACAUUGUGCCACAUUGAAAAUAAAACAGCUUAAAAAAAAUAUACCCGAAAAUAAAAAAGAAAAACAACGGCUAUUUAAUAACUGAAUCCCAGUCAAGAGCAGCAGCAACAACAGCGCACGGCUCACGUACGAGACGGAUACAUAAAAAUGCGACGCUCUGACUCUGACUGUGUGUGAGUGACAGUGUGGAUGUGAACGUGAAUGCGAACGUGGAUGUGGACGUGGACGUUAAUGUGGCAGUGGCAGUGAGUGUGUAGUGUAGUGCUUAUGUGGCAUACCUAUAGAGCUGUACCUAAUGUGCCCAUGCAUACAUAUACAUACAUAAAAAUAAUAUAAUACAAAGGCACCGUAGUCGUUGUCGUUGUUGCCUUUGUUGCUGUCGUUGCCGUUGUUGUCGUUGUUGUCCUUGUUGUUGUUGUUAUCGUCGUCGCGUUCUUCUCCCCGUCGCUCCCUCUACCGUAUAUCCGUGUUCAUUCUCGUUGCCGUUGCCGUUGCCGUUGUCGCUUUCGUAGUCGCUGUCGUUGGUCGAGUGCUAAACGGAAAUAUUUGGUAGUCCAGGUUAUUACCUUCAACGAACAAAAAACAUAGAGAGCAUGGAGAACGGAAAAGCAACAAUGGAAUCCAAAAUAAGCGACAAUUGAAGCGAGAAAUGUGUGCACACAUAAAUGUAGAGUUUCCAUUAAUUAUUCCGCAUUGCGCAAUCGAUUGUCAAAUAAAUCAACUCUGAACAAAAACCCACAACCCACUGAAAGCGUAGAAAAAGCCAAUUGAAUUGGCUCAAUAUGGCGACAGGACACAAAGCGUGCGAGGAAUACACAUAGUAUGCUGCCAUAAGACAGGUGCUAUCUUUGGAACGCGAAACUAAGCUAAGCCCCAAGGAUGUCCAUCCAUGCUGUGCAUGCAUAGGAGACGCCUUAGAAAACAAACAUAUAAACAUACAAAGGAAAGCCAGCUGGCAGUUCAUCGAUCAACUUGGAAGGAAACAUGACGACGACGACGCCAUCGACAACGAUGAAGUACUCGAGGCCUCCACUAAAAGUGCUUUGGCUAAUACAACUGUGGCUGCUAUUACUAUUCGAAAGCGGCUUGGUCAUCAGCGAAGUGCCUCCACAUUACUGGGAAACACCAUACUCUCAGCCCUACUUUGACAACUCCUCCCGACGCGAGGUCACGGCAACCGUCGGCCAAGCGGCCCUGCUGCAUUGCCGCGUGCGGAAUCUGGGCGACCGGGCGGUGUCCUGGAUACGCAAGCGGGACCUGCAUAUCCUCACAGUCGGUAUACUCACCUAUACGAAUGAUCAGCGCUUUCAGUCGCUGCACUCCGAAGGCUCCGAUGAGUGGACGUUGCGCAUAUCUUCGCCACAGCCUCGGGAUUCUGGUACCUAUGAGUGCCAGGUGUCUACUGAGCCAAAAAUCAGUCAAGGCUUUCGUCUGAAUGUUGUCGUGUCGCGUGCUAAAAUUCUUGGCAAUGCGGAGCUGUUCAUCAAGAGCGGCAGCGACAUUAAUCUCACCUGCCUGGCAAUGCAGUCGCCGGUGCCACCAUCGUUUAUCUACUGGUACAAAGGCAAGCGGGUCAUGAAUUAUUCGCAGCGCGGCGGCAUUAAUGUCAUCACGGAGCGCUCGACGCGGACCAGCAAGUUGCUGAUAGCCAAGGCCACGUCGGCGGAUUCCGGCAACUACACGUGCUCGCCAAGUAGCUCAGACUCCGCCUCGGUGGUGGUGCAUGUCAUAAAUGGCGAGCAUCCGGCCGCCAUGCAACACGGCAACAGCAGCGCCAGCUCCUUGCGAUGGAGACCCGUGCCUUUACUUGCCAUCACCACGACGACGACGACAGCUGCGUUCGCUGUCACUUGGAACUGGAACUGGAGCAGUGGCGGUUUGUUUGUAACAUGGUUACCCGCGGCGCUUGCCAACUCCUGGAGACGGCACUGGAGCACGAGUUGGAGCUGAUGUUGCGGCAGGCUCAAGCUCAAGCUGAAUGACAGCCCCGGCCUAGUUGGGGCGGUUGCAAAUACUCGUAUCUUCUGUUUAGCGUUAAUGAUGAUGAUAAUGAUGGUGUUGACGAUGAUGACGAUGCAUUUAAUGUGUGUGUAUGUGUUUUAAAAGUAUAUAGUUGAGAAUAGAGAAUGCGAUUAAAAUAAUAAUGAUAAACUGUGGUGUACAUAAUGCAAGUCCUUUAACGAGUAUUAUCUUUAAGAAUAUUCAACAUAAGAGCAUUCCAAUGCCAGCCAUGCUGACUAAAAGAAAGUAUUAAGAUGGAAACUUUUUAAAACGAACCUAAACUAAGAUUACACUCAUAUAUAAAAACAAAAACAAACAACAACAACAACAAAAUAUCAAAGCAAACGAAUACGAAAAAAAACGAGAGUAAAACUAACGAAAACUUUACAACUUUUCCUUUUCGCAAUCCACUUUUCUUUAUUAAAUUUCGUUCAAGCUGAAAAGCAUUUACCACAUUAUUCCGUCAAUUUGUUUGUGGGAUUAAUAAAUUAAAUAUGUCGAUAUACACAAGUUUAUUUAUCAUAGAAAUUCAUUGAAGCAACAUUUUUUAACCGACAAGAAGACAAGAACAACAGCAACAGCAACAGCAGAAAAAAGUUAAAAAUAAAUAAACUUUUCCGCACGUGCCGCAAAGUAUGCAAUAUAAAAGUUUGUGAAAUUGAGUUGAAAGCGUUUUCGACUAGAGCCCUUGUGCUUUGUUCCGAUCCGUUCUGUUGUUUUUUUUUUUUUUUUUGCUGUUGACAAACUCAUUUGUAAUUCUUUCGUCCCCAUAUUUGACAUGCACAUAAUACAUACAUGUAUGUAUAUGUUUGUGUAUGAAUUGGAUAUGGUUAUACACACUCAACUAUAGAGUCCAGCCAAAUUACAUAGUUUGCUAUUUAAUUUUCAGUUUACAUUUAGGCAUAAACCAAAAUUAAUAAUAGAAUAACAAGAAUAAUGAAAUGUGCGGCGUGCUACUGUGUAUAUAUUAUGAAUAUGUAUAUGUUGUUUUCGCUUGCCUCAUUCAUUAUUUAAACAAAAUAAAUACCUUUUAAUAAGCACACACAUACUCUCACUCACACACUCACACACACACAUACAUAUACAUACACAUGCGAAAAAAGAGCAACAAUAACACUAACAAGACAAGCAUGCAACUGUUUUACCGAUUCUAAAAACCAAUUAUAAAUAUUUAACAAAAUUCUGUGUAUAAUGAAUAAGUUCGUAUCUGGUUGUCUGCCAUAAAAUUCUCCGUAGUCAGUCCAUCAUCGUGUAAAAUAUUGGUUAUAUACAUACAUACAUAUAUGGAUAUAUUAUAUUAAUUAAUAAUUGUAAAUUUAGCGCUCGAUUUUAAGCGGUCUUGAUAAGACUUUUAAGCGAUAAGUAUAAUGCCCAAGUUGACAACAUUCAAAUCAUAUAAAAAUACAAAAGAUACGACAAAAAUACAAAAACCAACAAUGUUUUCUGUUUUAAAACAAAAAAAUGACAAAUGUUUCUCCAUAAUAAA